AUGGGCACGACGGUGAAGCCGCCGCCGCAGCCGGAGCCCGCGUCAGUGGCGGCGGCGAGGAAGCUGCACCUCCUGCUCCGCUCCCGCGACCUGCGCCCGGCGCUCUCCUACCUCGCAACCCUCCCUUCGCCGCUCACACUCCUCCCCAACCACGCCCUCAACGCCCUUCUGCGCGCGCUCGCCGCCGCCGGCCGCGUCCGCGCCGCCACCGACCUCUUCCGCCGCAUCCCGAGCCCCACCGCGCACUCCUUCAACUCCCUCAUCGCCGCGCUCCUCGCCCGAGGCCGCCGCCGCGCGGCCAGCGCCGUCCUCGCCGCCUUCCUCCGCUCCCCCAUUGCCUCCCCCGACGCCACAACACUCAACACCCUCCUCCACGGCCUCUCCACCGCCUCCCCUCGCCCCUCGCCUCCCUACCUCCUCCACCUCUUCCGCUUCCUGCCCACCACCUACGCAUUCGCUCCCGACGCCAUCUCGUACAACUCGCUGCUCUGCGCUCUCUGCCGCGCCGGCGACCUGACCACCGCACGCAACCUGUUCGACGGAAUGCGCGUCGGAGGCACAGAUUCUUCCGUAUCUCCUAACGUCGUCACUUACACGGCCAUGAUCAAGGCAUACUGUGCGAGGAGGCUGGCCGACGAGGCGCUUGCGGUCUUCGAGAUGAUGGCCACGGACGGCGUGGCGCCCAACAGGAUCACCUACAACACGAUGCUGCAGGGGUUCUGCGAGGCCGGCAGGAUGGAGCUUGUCAAGGGAUUGCUAGAGACGGACUCGUUUAAGCCAGACACGUGCACAUUCAACACGCUGAUGGCUGCGCAUUGCAGGGGAGGGCGGAUCAACGAGGCGGUGGAGGUGUUCGGCCAGAUGGUGGAGCUCCGUGUGAGCCGCGACUCCGCAAGCUAUAGCAUGGUCAUCCGGGCGUUGUGUGAGAGCGGGCAGUUUGCGAGGGCUGAGGAACUUGUGGAUGAGCUUUUGGAGAAGGAGGUGCUCAAGAAGCGAGGGGGUUGUGUACCGCUCAUCGCGGCAUACAACCCGGUUUUCGUCUACUUGUGCCAGAAUGGGAAGGCAAAGAAGGCAAGGACGCUAUUUGGGCAGCUAUUGGAUCGAAGGAGCAAGGUUGACUUUGCUGCAUUCAAGACGUUAAUUCUAGGGCACUGCAAGGAGGGAGAUUUUGAACAAGGGUACCAGUUGGUGCUGUCAAUGUUGAAGAGGGAUCUUGUGCCUGACGAUGAAUGCUACAUUGCUGUGGUAGAAGGAUUUUCGCAGAAAGGGAGGAUGAAGAUUGCAUGGGAGGCCCUACAUAGGAUGUUGAAUAGUGGUCUCCGGCCUAGCACAAGCACGUUCCACUCAGUUCUCUUGGGGCUUCUGAAAAAAGAAGGCUGUGCAAAAGAAGCUGCGGAUUUGAUUGAUAUAAUGCUGGAGAGGAAAAUCCGCCAGAAUUUGGAUCUUUCAACCAAUCUGAUUGAUGCAUUGUUCAAAAGCAACCUAAACGACCGUGCUUACAAAAUUAUUACAUCUCUAUAUGACCAUGGCUAUUACAUCAAGAUGAAAAAUUUAAUCGGGGGCCUUUGCGAGGAAAAGAAGUUCACAGAGGCAGCGGAACUUACUUUGUUUAGCUUCCACAAGCAGGAAGACUUGGGUCUGUCGAUAUGCAGUAUGGUUCUUGAUGGUCUUUGCACAACUGGUAGAGCAUCAGAUGCGUUCCGGCUUUUCUAUGAACUCAUCGAGAGUGGAAGCAGUUCUGCUUCUGCUGAACCUCGCAGUUUGGUUGCACUUCAUCAUGCACUCGAGGAAGACGGAAAAAUGAAAGAAGCUGAUUUUGUUGCUAAACAGAUGAGGCGUGCAGCUGCCAGAAUUAGGCAAAUGGUCUGAGAAUUAACAUUUUCGAGGAAGCAAUUCACACUCUAUACUGAUCUGUACACACUCGGUUUACAGUAGGGAUUGUGGCCUUGAACAGAAAGCAGGAUACAGAAGUUGGACUCUGGUUUACAAGGCAUGGUGGCUUGAUCAGCUGCCCAAUGGUAAUGGAUCAUCGAGGAGUGGUAAUGGAUCAUCGAGGAAUGUUAGAUUUUAUACGAAUGCAGAUGGUGGAUCAAAUCAAUCUAGACCAUCCUUAGAAUGGUUUGUUUCGGCCAUUGGAUUGUCAGACCUUGAAACAGAAAGAACCCUAUGCGACAUUAUAAGGUUGACAGGAUCUGGUAUAUUUCUUUCACAAGGACUGUCUGGUCAAUCUUUCUUUUGGAUGAAUGAAGUGUGUUAAAAACGAGGCAGCAGGUCUUCUCCAGAGAAUUUGAAGAGAUAACUGCUAGAGAUCAAUGUGCGUGUCCACGUUAUAAAUCAUCCCAACAAAAGGUACAUGAGCUAUGGCGAAUUGGUGAGUUUACUCUUUUCCAAUUGCCAUAUCAAAUAUUGAAAGUACAGUUAUGGCUGUUGCUACAUUUGCCAUGACAUGGAGGGUCAUUAUCAGAUAUAGUGGACACAGUUGUUUGCAGUUCGCAAGUCCUCGUGUAUCCCUCUAUUGUAUCCUGUAGAAAGUGCAUCCCUGGAUGUUGUGCUAGUAGCGGCUUGCCAAUUCCAUCCUCAAGCAUUCUUGCUCUGAAGAUCCGUUAUGCAAGAUAGAUUGAAGACCCAGCCUUGUUCUCAAAGAGGAUACUAUGUCUGGAAGCAUUGCUAGAGAUAAGUUAUGAUUUAGCUGCUAGAAUCCUAGAAAAUAGAUAUUAGCACGCUGACACUCCAAGAUCAUUUAGUUUGAUUGAUCGGUUGCAUUGCAUCCGGUGUUAUUCUUAAGGAUUUGUUCACAUGUAGUAGUGAUGGUGUUACAGUGCU